UUGAAUUAAUGUCUCAGUAAGAAUUAUUGUUUUCAUUUCAUUUGUUUUUUUUUUUAUUAACAGUAAUAGUAAAAAUCACACUUGCUUUUUAACCCUAGGAGGAGUUAAUAAUAUUACGGAAUUCAGAGAGUGAAAAUUCCUUAUGGAGGUGCAGAGAAAAGUAAGUUCAACCACUUUUUAUUUUUUUAUCAGGGGCACCAAUUUCACAAAUUGAAAUUGUUUUUGAACAACUCUUUCAGAAGAUUGUCUACAGACGGAGUUCAUCUGAUAGUACCAACUUUAAAACUCUUUUUAAGCUGCUAGUUCACUAUGUCAUUAUGCCAUCACUCAAUCAAACUUCUAAUAACCACUUCACCCUGACUGGAAUUCCAGGAAUGCCAGAGAAAGACUUCUGGAUGGCCUUGCCCUUGUGUCUUCUUUACAGCACCACAUUUCUGGGUAAUAUCACUAUCCUUUAUGUCAUUAAAGCUGGACAAAGUCUCCAUGAGCCCAUGUAUUAUUUUCUGGCCAUGCUUGCUGUCGCUGACCUCAGCCUUUCAUUAUCUUCCAUGCCCACUAUGAUCAGUGUUCACUGGUUCAACUGGCGCUCUGUUCCCCUUGAUGUCUGCAUCACUCAGAUGUUCUUCAUCCACACCUUUGGGGGAGUGGAAUCAGGUGUGCUGGUGGCGAUGGCCUUUGAUCGCUUUGUGGCUAUCCGUUUUCCUUUGCGCUAUGCUACCAUUCUCUCUCAUGGAGUUAUCUGCAAGAUUGGGGUUGCAGUUCUGCUGAGGAGUGUGGCUGCUGUGCUCCCUGUGCCUUUUCUCAUCAAAAGACUGCUUUUUUGCCACUCCAGUGUGCUGUCCUAUGCAUAUUGCCUCCAUCAGGAUGUGAUGAGACUCGCCUGUGCUGAUGCCCAUGUCAACAGCAUCUACGGUCUGUUGGCUGUGAUCUUCAGCAUUGUGUUAGAUGCCCUCGUCCUACUGGUCUCUUAUAUCCUAAUUUUCCAGGUGGUAUUGAGUAUUGCUUCCCAGGCAGAGAGACUCAAAGCUGUCAGCACCUGCUUCUCUCCUAUCUGUGCAGUGCUGCUCUUCUAUGCGCCCCUUAUGGGCAUGACUCUGAGUCACCACUUUGGGAAGCAUUUGUCUCCAGCAGUGCACAUGCUUAUGGCCAAUAUCUACCUGCUGCUUCCUCCUGUACUCAACCCUGUCGUGUACAGUGUUAGAACAAAGCAGAUUAGGCUGAGGAUUUCCCGAAUAAUCUGUAGGGGCAGAAUUGGUCCUUAAUGACAUCUACUAUUUACAUAUAAAUGCAAUCAAGAAAAAAAAAGUAUCAAAUGCAGGACUGUUUAGCAAAAAUAUCUGCAGUGACGAGAGUGUCCUAAAACUUUGUUUAAUCUGAUAGUCACUAGCCACACAUAGAUAUCAGGCAAUUGAAACUUUGCCGGUG